UGCAUUUAAUUCACUCAACAGCUUCUCCAGACACUCUCCCUUCUUCCAACCCACCAUUGCGCUUUCACCCUGUCAAUAUCAUUCUUCACAAUUUAGAAAACCAACUACUAAAAAAAAAGCAAACCCUCCCAAGAGAAGAUAAACACCAGCUAGCACAUUCUCUCUCUCAUAAUUCUCUUCUCUCUUUAGUUUUUGUUGUCCUAAUGAGUUGUUUUACUCCUGAAAAACCCACCAUGUCUACUCUCCAAAUGGUUCCUCUUGGCAAGCUUCGUUACCAAAGGCUAAGGCAUGAAAAAGGGUGGGAUGGUGAAAGGGAAAGGAGGCCAAGGAGCUGGUUUAGGUUCAGAAGGGUUCCCAUUAGGAGAAGGCUCAGACUCAAAAUUUCAAGCUUGAGAAGACUUUGGAGGAAAAGGGCUAGGCUGGUUUCUUCCAUGAGAAUUUCAUAUGCCAAAGUGUUGAAAAGAUUCAAGGAAGGUCAAGUCCAUUUUGGUGACCUUUUUGCUGGGAACUACUUGUUCAUGCAUGUCAACCCUGCCUCACUCAAGUGCCUUGAAAGGGAUUUGUCCCUCUCAAAAAUUGCAUAGAGCCUUUAUUGUGUUGUUAAUUUGGUAUGUAUCAUUCAUUGUUCAUAUAUAUGUGUUGUGCAAAGCAGCUAGGUAGCUAAGCCUUGUUUUUUUUUUCUAUCUUAUGUUUUUAGAUUGCCUUGUUUACAACAUCAACAGUUUUGUCUCUAAUCUGCUUACCAGAUUAGAAAAAAUUGUUGGAUUUAAGAGAAGCAUGAUUAUUUAAAAUUGGGACAAUGAAUCUUCUUCUCCUUAUGCUAGCGGCUUUGUAUAUUUUGUUAACAUCAAAUUCUGUCAACUCAAGAUGUUUGCCUCACGGUAAUUAUAAUUAAUUGGUACAUUAAUAAUAUCGUAUAUGUGUGUACCAUUAAUUAUUGUAA